CCUGUAAGCUAUAAGCCAAAAUGGAAGGAAUAUCGGAAGGUUCUGUUGCUGUAAUUCAGGGGCUUCCUUUCUUUUCUUUUCCUUAGAAAGGCACUUAGAUUCAAUGCCAACCUCUCCUCCUUGAAUCUGCCCUUCUUGAGCAUCCGAAGAACAACCAGAAAACCCCCAAACCAAAGCCAGAACCCCCCGCCGACGAAGUCGCAAUCGUAAUCGCAAUCCGCAACUAUGAGUGAAGUAGCCGCGCUCCGCAAGCUCGCCGAGACCGACGUCUCGCAAGAGAUCACCAAGGACCAGUACAUCCCCGUGUUAACGCAGCCGCCCUUCGUCUUCGUCGACGGGACCUUCAACACGCGGGACAUCGGGCUCGUGCCCGGCAGUCCGCUAAAGCCGGGCUUCGUCUUCCGAUCCGGCGCGCUGGCGCAGCUGUCGGAUAACGGGAAAGCCGUGUUACGCGGGAAGAUGGGCGUGAAGCGCGUGUUUGACCUGCGAUCGCCGGAGGAGCGCGAGAAGGCGCCGGACCCCGUGUUAGAGGGCGUCGAACAUGUCUGGAUCCAGAGCUCGCGACCGGACGCGACGAUAGAUUUGGACCAUUUUGUGGCUGGCGAGGGGGAGCAGGGGUACCGCGAGAUGUACCUCGAUGUCGUGGACGUGUACCAAGAGAGCUGGAAGGCGAUUCUAGAGCAUAUCCGAGAUCGCCCGGCUGAUCCGUUCCUAGUGCAUUGUACUGCCGGACGUGAUAGGACCGGCGUUCUAGCAGGUCUGCUACUCACCCUUGCCGGCGCGCCGCAAGAAGUCGUGGUUCUAGACUACCUCCUAUCGCGAAUAGGGACGGAACCCGUGCGGCUGAUGCUCCUAGACUUUGCGAUGAAGGGAACGAAUGCGAAAAGCCACGACCAGCCGGGUUUCUAUAAUCUGAUAAAUCUGCGAGCCUCAAACUGGGCUGCGUUUGUCGAAGGCGUGCAGAAAGAAUACGGAGGUUUCGAGAAGUUUAUCACGGAUAAGUUGGGGUUCUCAAGUGAUGACCUAGCUAAGAUCAAAACGAAUCUAACAACAUCUUGAGCAUGUUGCAGUUGAGACGACCUGAUAAGGAUCGAGCGUGGCGAACUUUAGAUUGACUGAUACCAUUAUUGUUAGAAUUAUUAGUUAUAGGCUUGCUUGGAAGGGUGACACAGCAAGAUGAAGUAUCACAAUUGGUUGCGAGACUCAUUUACACCGGAAGU